CUUCACGCUCUUCCUUUAUCCCUCUGUGUCGGUUCCUGGAAUUCUUUCUUUGCUCUUCCAGCUCUCGGGUGAGUUGUGUAGGAGAGGAAGGUGUAGGAGAAGAUGUCGGAAAAGUUCUCAGCCACGUUGAGGGUUGGUGAUCUCAACGACUUCAUUGCCCCCUCUCAGUCCUGCAUAGUUUCUUUGAAGGGCUACGAGCCGGCCUCUAAACCAGAGAGAGCUUCUGAUAAGAGUCAAGAUAAAGCAACACCUAAUUUGAGUCAAUCACCAUCAGAACCAGUGAAAGUCACCCUACAUGAUUGCUUGGCUUGCAGUGGUUGCUUAACAUCUGCAGAGACUGUCAUGCUUGAGCAACAAAGUGUGGAUGAGUUUCUUUCUCAGGUCAAAGUGAAUAAAGAAGCUGUUAUAGUUUCCCUUUCUCCCCAGUCAAGAGCAUCUUUAGCGGCUCAUUUUGACAUCUCUCCGCUACAGGUUUUCAGGAAACUCACUCAGUUCUUCAAGUCUUUGGGAGUGAAGGCUGUGUUUGAUACAAAUUGCAGUAGGGAUUUAGCUCUUAUUGAAGCAUGCGAUGAAUUUAUUACAAGAUACAAUCAGCACCUUGCAACUUAUGCCCAAGAAUGUGUGCCCACACUUCCCAUGCUUUCAUCGGCUUGCCCAGGUUGGAUAUGCUAUGCGGAAAAGACUCUUGGAUCUUAUAUUUUGCCUUAUAUUAGUACUGUGAGAAGUCCCCAGCAGUCUAUUGGAUCUAUCAUCAAACAUCAUAUUUGCUGGAAAUUGGGGCUCACCCCAGAUAAAGUCUAUCACGUGAGUGUGAUGCCCUGUUAUGAUAAAAAGCUGGAGGCUUUCAGGGAUGAUUUUGUAUUUUCUAUGGGGCGCCAAGGAGAAACUGGUCACGAAGCUGCAGGCCCAAGAAUUGCUGAGGUUGAUUCUGUUUUGACAACUGGUGAAGUUUUGGACUUGAUAAAGUUAAAAUCUUGCGAUUUCAGAUCCUUAGAGGAAGCUCCCCUAGAUAGAUUGCUCACAAAUGUUGAUGAGGAGGGCCAUCUUUAUGGGGUUCAAGGGGGUUCUGGAGGUUAUGCAGAGACAAUAUUUCGCUAUGCUGCCGAACGGUUAUUCGGCAAGGACAUGCAAGGACCUGUUAACUUCAAAAUAUUACGAAAUUCAGAUUUUCGAGAAGCAACAUUAGAGGUCAAUGGCAAAAUUGUUCUUAAAUUUGCUCUCUGUUAUGGCUUCCGCAACCUGCAGAACAUUGUGAGGAAAAUAAAGACUGGGAAAUCUGAUUACCACUAUGUAGAAGUCAUGGCAUGUCCUUCAGGUUGUCUCAACGGAGGUGGUCAAAUAAAACCAAAGCUGGGCCAAUCAGCCAAGGAUACCAUUCAAUUAUUGGAAAACUUGUAUUUGCAAGAUGUUAGGGUGGCUGAUCCUUUUGAGAAUCCACUGGUGAAGGGCUUAUAUGAUGAAUGGCUAGGCCUACCUGGUUCGGAGAAAGCUAAGAAAUAUGUACGCACAGCAUACCAUCCAACAGUCAGCAGUAUGGCUUCUCAACUGAGCAAUUGGUGAUACAUAAUUGCCUUUACUUGAUUCAUUACGUAAUAUGUUUCCAAGGGUUAUCUCUGUACAUGGCGAAUGCAGCCGAACCAGGAGUUGGCUUUGCAUAACGUGCACGUAGCAUGUGCUCUUGGGCCUUCUUUUCUUUCUCUGCAUAGUGCGCACAGCUGAACCCCAUGUCAGUUCUUGGGGCUCUCUUUUUCUAUACGCUUGUAUCGGUUGGUCUUUUUAUCUAUGAAAUUGUAUCAGUGGCAUAUUUAUU